GGUAAAUGGAAAAGUAAAUUUGAAACGAACGAGCAAGGCAACUUUCUCAUCGAAAUUUAGCACUUUUCGUGCAUUUAUUGAAGUUCUACUUUUUGAACGGCUAAGGUGGACAUCUGAGAACGGCAAGGUGUCACGAAUGUCAUUGUGUAGUCGUCAAAAGGCUUGCAAUAUCCUGCAAAGGUUCAACUUCAGCAACAGGUACUCUUCACGAUCAAGAAAUCACGGUUGCUGAAAAUCCGCCAGUUCGAGACGUGCUGCUCCCCUUAAUUGGAGCCUGGGACUAGUAACAACUUAAGUAGUGUUCCAGGCCAUGGAUCUAGAGUACAUGGACAACCUAACCUGGGAUAACAUGGCUGACUUUUACGCUGAGUCCCAAGAUGUGAAGCCUAACAUGAAGAAACUGAAGAAGAAAUUCAGAAUUUCAACGCAACCAGAUGAGAUGUUUCCGAGUCCCAGCUACUCCACAGAUAGUGAUGGCGCCCUCUGUCUAACCCGGAUGAUCUCCAGCUCAAGUGACGAAGGUGACAGUAUCGUGCCAACAGGGGGCAACAACAUGCGGAAAGUGCCAUCUUUAGGAGAUCUCUCUGAUGAAUCACUUGAUUUACCUCAGACUCAAGUGCCCCCUCUCACCCCAGGUACCAAUCAAAAGAUGUCGGCCGCACUCCAGGCUACAUUCAAGAGCUUCGAGAGAGAACAGCGUAGAUUGGGAAUACCACGAGAUCCAGCAGAAUGGUCUGAUAUUCAGAUACAGCAAUGGCUGAUGUGGAUCGUGAAUGAAUUUAACCUGGGAAAUAUCAACAUGGGAGCAUUUCAAAUGUCUGGCCAAAAUCUGCUGAAAAUGGGCAAAGAGAAUUUCCUGUCAAGGGCGCCACCUUUCAUGGGUGAUAUUCUAUGGGAGCAUCUCGAGAUCCUUCAGAAAGAUAGUGCAGCUGAGAAAUCCAACAUAAUAAAAACACAGUCCAGUUUUCCGGAACCAGCCAAUACUCCGGAGUUUGAAGAAAGGCGUCUACUUAAUCAAGGUUACAGUAACAAUAGUCAAGACCUGUGCGAUGUUCGCGAUGUCAGAAAACCUCAUGUUCGCGAUGUCAGAGAACCACAUGUUCGUGAUGUCAGAGAACCGCAUGUUCGAGAACAACAUUGUGAACAACAGCAGCGUGUCAGCCCACCUGCCCCAGCUGUGUCACAAACAAGCCAAACAUUCAUUGACAAUACAAGUUUUGCUAUCAGCGAGGGCUUUAAUGCAUUAAAUGGCAAUCUGGAGAUCAAGACUGAGCCGAGGCCAACUCUCGCACAUAGUAACUCCUACGAAGAAUCCGACUAUCAUAGCCUAGAGUCUAAUAGAUCCCAGCCACCCUACUUUGAGAACCACUCGGAGUUUUACCCAGCUAUCCCAGAACAGAAAUAUAGACCACCUUUGCAGAGACAGGCUAAUGUUGAUAGAGCUUUUCUACCAGAACGAGAGUUUUUCCAAAGAGGCAAUAGUGAGGGUCAGUACCAAAUGGUCCCUAAUCCCCAAAACGAGUACUGGAACCACUCCAGGGACCUCCCUGAUGGAUGGCCUAAUGGGGAAAUCCGCCCUACUGACAUCCGACAGGGAGACAUAAGGCCGGGGGAGUCUGUACGAGGCAAUAUGAAUAAUGCGCUGUUUCAUAGCAUACAUGCGGCUGGCGCUGCAGAGAAUACUUUGGGCAGCAUGGACUCUAAGCCCAUGAUUCAAGCUGCUGCCUUGGCUGGUUAUUCAGGAAGUGGACCUAUCCAACUUUGGCAGUUUCUACUCGAGUUACUCACCGACAAGUCUUGUCAACACUUCAUCAGCUGGUCCGGGGAUGGCUGGGAGUUCAAACUCUCAGAUCCGGAUGAGGUUGCACGUCGUUGGGGCAUUCGGAAAAACAAACCAAAAAUGAACUACGAAAAACUGAGUCGAGGCUUACGUUACUAUUACGACAAGAAUAUCAUCCAUAAAACUGCAGGGAAGCGUUACGUGUACCGGUUUGUUUGCGAUCUCCAGAGUCUGCUGGGUUACACACCCGAGGAACUUUUCAAAGCGUGUGAUAUCACACCUCACAGAGAUAGCGAUGAUGAGUAGAUAAACAGGGGCGAUAUCAUUGGGUUUUCAGAAUUCCAAAUGUGUAACCGUAUUGUACAGUAAAUACCCCUUGUAGUCCUACCAUUAUUAUCUGGUAAAAAAGAAGCUCUAGGGGCGGGACAUUGUUGAGGCUGUGUUAUGUGAUGAACUUAUGAUAGAUAAGAGAAGCGAACAUGAAGAGAAGAAACAGUCAUUUUGGCACAAGGCCAGUACUUGCCAAUAUGAAUGCGGAAGAAAUGAGACAAUGUCUUGUAAAACACUGUUGAUUUGAACGCUAGUCGCAGCAUUGUAUCGGGUGAUAUUUGGCACAUAGGGGGCAGCACGUGCAGAAGGAAGUGGACAUUGUCAGUAUUUAAAGAAAUCACUGCAUGAGUCAGUUGCUUUUAUAGCAAGCUAAACUUGGAUGAACACAGAUUGUAGCAGUCAUUUUUAUUAAUAAAAUGGCUUAAUUUUGAUUUGAAAGAGAGGCUGAGAUAAACGCGAUCAGUGCCUUGUAAUAUACUAUCAGCUUUUUAUUAAAUUAUAUUUUAGUCACAGUGUAGUAUUAGUCCAUUUGUAUGUGAAUUUGUUUUGUGAAUUUUUGAUUGAAAGUUCUAUAAAUUUGCGCAAUGCUGUGCAAACAGUGUUGCGAUCUCAUUUUGGCUUUUUUCAUUCACAUGUGUUUAAUUUGAGAAUUGACUCGGCAAAGCCACAUACUUUGACUUAUAAGAAGCAGGGUGUUUUAUGCUUAGAGUUGAAAUCAACUUAUAUUAAGCAAUUUUUGCUUGUCAAAAUCAACUAAGUUUAAAGAUAAGCCAAAUUUAGAAUGUAUGGUGAAAUGCCAAAUAUAUUUUCAAACUCUGAAACCAUUUUUGAAUCGUCUAAUUUCUUGCCAAUUGUGUUUAGUAACUUACCCAUAAGUACCCAUUUUAUGCUAGAAUCUCAAGUUUGUUUUCCAAAUAACACUUGUAGAAUCUUCAAAUUAAUUUGGCAUGUCAUGACUCCUAUGAACCACCACAUAUAGAAAUGGCAUGCUGAGUAGUGUGUACAGUCAAAAGACAACAAUUUGCUCAUAACAUUUCAUAAAUCUUUCAGCUUAUUUUUGUGUGGGUAUGAAGUUGUAUCCAUUGCCAAGUUCAUGCAUGUAAAAUAUAAGUGAAGCAAAAUGGGAUCAAAGUAGCCAAAUGAUAAAACUUGGUUUCUGGUUUGCCUACUGUGAACUCAGAUAUUUUUCCUACCAGAAACUGCUAUGUUUUGUAACUGUACAUAAAUAUAUUGUAAUUGUCUUGUAUGAAAUCUGUCGAUGCCGGGGGCACCAAAUGUUUGGAUAAUUAUUGCAAUUAUGGUGUUUGUCAAGAUUUUUACUACAAAAUUAAAUUUUACGUGCAAUAUCCGCAUUUUGUGUUUCGGGCAAAUUUUAUAUUAGCAAAAUGCUUCACAUUGCAUGGUGUAUGGCAUAUUGUAAAUUGGUGACUCCAUGUGCUAUAUGUGUCAUGCAUAUGUGUCAUAUAUAUGUGUCUGUGUCCUGCUGGCGUAGAAUUUAGUCAUUAGACAGUUAGAUGCUGGCAUCAUGUAGUGUAAAUCAAAAAGAAAAUGAGGAAAUAUUGUUUAAGUGAAAGUGAAACAUUGUUAUAUUAAAGUAAUCAUAUUUUAACUUUUAUAAAUCUAUGUAUAUCAAAGAAUUAUGGUGAUGUCAUCACUAGGAAACUGAGGAAUUUGAUGACCCUGCUUAUAAUUAGUCCUUUCUGAUGGUAUAUAACAACCAGCUAUAGAUUUAGUAUUUCAUUGUACUGUACAGAUAAACAUAUUUACAUUUUACACCAUAUACUAGGCCAGUUUCAAACAUACUUGGCAUCGUUUAGUUCUUAUACAAUUAGAUGAUGUUAAUGUGUAUAUAAUUAGGCCUUAGAUAUCUCCUUGAGUACACCGGUUAUACACAAAAACUCACUGCUGAACUGUAGAAUCAGGAAAAAUCAUUUAAAUGCGAUAUAUUCUUAUGAAAAAUGUUCAUAAGCUUGUCAUAGACUUACAUUGUGUUCCAAAUCAUGCUCCCCCUCCUUCUCGCAAAUACAAUUUUUGAGAUAUGGAUAGGCGUGAGGACUGUUGGUACACAAAGUGCAAGUUUAGUAAUUGUAAAGUGUGAGACUUAAUCUUCAGGCCUUUAAUAAUAAUGGGAUUCCAACUAAAAUCUGCAUUUUGAAAUAUUUUCCCAUUUUGGAAUUGUCCUGAGAAAUCAGGCAAAUUCUCAUCAGAUUCCUUUUAACUUCCAUCUUUGAAGUGUUAUUAAUGAAAUUUUGUCUCCCUCGCUAUGAAAUAUGAUAAUGAGAUUACUUCUCUCCUCUAAUAAUAUCAAUCAAUUGUGUUUGAAUCAGUGAAGAUUUGAAGCUUAGCUCACCAAAUACAUGAAACAUACUAUCUAAAAGCAAGGAGGAUUGGCUCCCAGGAU